AUGCCGUCUCAGAACGCCUGGACCAUGGACGAAAAAACUCGCAAUGCCCUUCUGAAGAAGUACCAGACGCAGGUGGCCUCUGGAGCCUCUACUGUCUGUGCAACUCUGGCGGUGACCCCUUUGGAGAAUGUGAAGACGCGGAUGCAGACGCACAAUUUUAAGAACAUUUUCCAAUGCAUGCGCUACCUCUGGCGAACGGAGGGACCUCGCGGCUAUGUUGCCGGCGCUCUUCCUCCCUUGGCCAGUGUGACAGUUGUCCGGGUCGUCAAUUUUACGUCCUACAGUUGGGCUAAAGUUCGCAUUUCUGAUAUGUUCCAGCAAAUCACUGGUGUAUCGCCUCUUGCGGAAUACAACAAGCCUGGCAGCACUCCCUCGGUCACUGGGAUCUUGACCUUUGCCACUGCUGGUGCACUAGCUGGCCUGCUUUCCUCGCCGCUUGCCUGCCCAUUUGAGCUGGCUAAGAAUGUGGUUCAAACUUCGGUCUUGGUGUCCAACCGUUCUCAAGCUGCUCCUGAUGCCGCUCGAAACCCUGAUCUGCGCCGCAAGCCCCGCCUUGGAACCAUUGAAGCUAUUCAGCAGAUUAUCAAGCGCCAUGGCGUCCGCGGCCUAUACACGGGCUUCCGCCUUCACGUGCUGCGUGACACCGUCGGGUCGGGACUAUACUUCAGUGUCUAUGAGAUUGUCAAGCAGGUGGCGGCAAAGGAGCUGGGCGAGAAUAAAUCGCCUUUCGGAGCUCCUAUGAUUGCUGGGGCUAUCUGUAGCACCGUCCCAUGGUUCUGCACUUAUCCUCUAGACACUCGCAAAACCCGUGCUCAGAGCGUGUUGCUCGGUAAAAGCAAAGAGAUUGGAGAGGCCUCUGUCGCCGUUGCGAAGGCGAGCAUGUAUAAGGGCAUCUCCAUCAUUCUGAUCCGAACCGGCCUGAACAACAUGAUUCUACUCAGCAUGUUUGAGUAUAUCAAGGCCAAAAUCAACGAGCUUCCGGAGUGA